AAAAAUGGAGGCGGCAGUGUUCAUUCUGUCACUUGUCGACUGCUGUGCACUGAUUUUUCUCUCGGUCUACUUUAUCAUCACUCUGUCUGAUCUAGAAUGUGACUACAUCAAUGCUCGAGCCUGCUGCUCCAAACUCAACAAAUGGGUCAUUCCAGAGAUGGUUGGACAGUGUCUGUCCACUAUGCUGAUGUUGGUCUCCAUGCACUGGUUCAUCUUCCUCCUCAACCUUCCUGUAGCAGUGUGGAACAUUUAUAGGUAUGUGAAGGUUCCGAUGGGGAACAUGGGCGUGUUUGACCCCACUGAGAUCCACAACCGGGGUCAGCUCAAGUCCCACAUGAAGGAGGCCAUGAUCAAACUGGGCUACCACCUGCUCUGCUUCUUCAUUUAUUUGUACAGCAUGAUCCUGGCUCUGAUCAACGACUGAAGCACCCAGCUUACUCUCUGACCCCGGCUGCCAAAUUUCAGACUCCUGGGUCUGCUGUUGGUCCCCUUUCAUCCUGCUCCUACUGUAUGCAUACAACCUCUCACAAUAACGGCAGAGUUUAGACUUUGAUACAAUACUUAAAGGUUAAUAUUUAACCAAUUAACACUUCAAUGCCAUCAGAACAAAUAAAUCUCCCAUAACAACCAAUCAACAGCACGUGUGCUGUUUCUAGUUACUGUAAAGAUAUUAUAAUAGGCUCCAUACUGGGUAUUAUCACAGUACCCAACUAAGCCAAAUUGGGGAAAGUUGCCAGUGUUGCUUCCACUUGAUGUUCUACCACUUCACUUUACGUUAAAUCUCAAGAUCCCAAAGGCUUUCACUUUGAUGACUGAAAGAUGUUCAAGCCUCUGUAGUUAGUUAACAGGAAGCAGGAAGAGCAGCAGCAGCUCACAGAGUGG